AUGCCUAGCGUACAAGAAGCCACCAUGAUGCCAAAUGGUGCCGCCGCCCGUUUGGGGGCAAUCAAGGAGAAGAAGGGGGUGCCAGACCUUCACACGGCUGCUGCCGAGCCGCAGCCGGACAUCAUUGACAUCCGCCGCGCGGCGGUCGAGGUCAACCUGAAGACCGAGAUCCUCUCCAUGUUUCAGGCAAGGGAUGGGCCGAGACAGCUCCCCACGCUCCUUCUCUACGAUGAGCGAGGCUUGCAACUGUUUGAGAGGAUCACCUACUUGGCGGAGUACUACUUGACCAAUGAUGAGAUUGAAGUGCUCAGGUCGUUUGCCGCAGACAUCACCACGAGCAUUCCGUCUGGAGCUAUGGUCAUCGAGCUUGGGAGUGGGAAUCUUCGAAAGGUGAACCUCCUGCUCCAGGCCUUCGAAGACGCGGGCAAGAGCAUCGAUUACUACGCGUUGGACCUCUCGCAGCAAGAGCUGGAGCGUACGCUUGCCCAGCUUCCCCAAUACAAGCACGUUCGCGCCCACGGGUUGCUGGGGACUUACGAUGACGGACGUUUCUGGCUCAAAGAGCCAUCCCAUGCCUCGCGGCGGAAGUGCAUCUUGAGCCUCGGCUCGAGUGUUGGCAAUUUUGAUCGAGAGGACGCUGCUGCUUUCCUCAAGACGUUCGCUGAUGUCCUCGGACCGGGAGACACCAUGUUGAUCGGCUUGGACGCCUGCAGUGAUCCAGCCAAAGUAUACCAUGCAUACAACGACAAGGAAGGUCUCACCCACGAGUUCAUCUUAAAUGGUCUCCGCCAUGCAAACCGAGUCCUUGGGGAAACCGCUUUCAUCGAGAAUGACUGGAGGGUCAUCGGCGAAUAUGUAUACGACGCUCAAGGGGGCCGCCAUCAAGCCUUCUAUGCUCCCGUCCGUGAAACGACGGUCCGGGGCGAGCUGAUUCGCCCUCACGAGCGAAUCCAAGUGGAACAGAGCCUGAAAUACUCCCCAGCCGAGGCUGAAGUGCUCUGGCAGCGGGCCGGUGUGGUCGAGAUUAGCCAAUGGAGGCACCGCGAGGAAUAUGGCCUUCACAUGCUUGCCAAACCCCAAAUGGCAUUCAGCCUGAUUCCCUCCUUCUACGCGCGCACCGCCCUUCCGUCUCUCGAGGACUGGAAGGGAAUUUGGGCGGCUUGGGAUGUCGUCACUCGUGAAAUGCUCCCUCCAGAGGAGUUGAUGGAGAAGCCCAUCAAGCUCCGCAAUGCCUGCGUCUUCUACCUGGGCCACAUUCCCACGUUCUUGGACAUCCAACUGAGCAAGACCACCCAGAAGCCGGCCACGGACCCCGCCCACUACCGCAACAUCUUUGAGAGAGGCAUCGACCCCGAUGUCGACAAUCCGGAGCUGUGCCAUGCACACUCGGAGAUUCCCGACGAGUGGCCUCCUGUCGAUGAGAUCCUGGCCUAUCAAAGCCGAGUGCGCGCCCGGGUGCAGAGCCUCUAUGCGGAUGGCAUCAACACCAUCCCGCGCCAUGUGGGCAGAGCGAUCUGGGUUGGGUUCGAGCAUGAGCUCAUGCAUCUGGAGACCCUUCUCUACAUGAUGCUGCAGAGUGACAAGACGCGGCCGCCACCUCACGUCCCGGCGCCGGACUUUGCAAAGCUCGCGGCCAAGGCCCGUUCCGAGAGGGUCCCGAACGAGUGGUUUGACAUCCCCGCUCAGGAGAUCACAAUCGGCUUGCAUGACCCCGAGGAUGGAACAGAUCCCGAUUGCCACUAUGGAUGGGAUAAUGAGAAGCCGGUUCGACGUGCGACCGUCCAUGCCUUCAAGGCGAAGGGAAGACCCAUCAGCAAUGAAGAGUAUGCGAGAUACAUGUACAACACGCACGUGUCCAAAAUCCCGGCAUCUUGGGCGCACACGACGGACACCUCUACGGAACAACAGACCAAUGGCGCAGAAACUGCUCUCACGGAUGGUGCUGACGCGCUCCCCGACUCCUUCCUUGAAGACAAGGCCGUCCGGACGGUGUACGGACUGGUGCCUCUCAAGUACGCGCUUGACUGGCCGGUCUUUGCCUCGUACGACGAGCUCGCGGGCUGCGCCGCCUGGAUGGGCGGACGCAUCCCCACGUUCGAGGAGGCUCGGAGCAUCUACAGCCAUGUGGAAGCCCUGAAGAAGAAACAGGCUCAGAACCAGCGGAGCCAGACGAUUCCAGCAGUGAACGGGCACCUCAGCAAUAACGGAGUCGAGAUCUCGCCCCCGGCCACACCCCCGGGCGGCGCCGCGUCCGAGGCCGAUGACGACGACAACAACAACAACCGUCAAGCAGACGGACUGUUCAUCGACCUCGACGGCGCCAACGUCGGCUUCCAGCACUGGCACCCCGUGCCCGUCACAUCGCGCGGCAACGUCCUGGCGGGCCAGGCCGAGAUGGGCGGCGUGUGGGAGUGGACGAGCUCGGUGCUGCGCCGCUGGGACGGCUUCGAGCCCAUGCCGCUGUACCCGGGCUACACCGCCGACUUCUUUGACGAGAAGCACAACAUUGUGCUGGGCGGGUCGUGGGCUACCCAUCCGCGCAUUGCUGGGCGGAAGAGCUUUGUCAACUGGUACCAGCGCAACUACCCCUAUGCCUGGGUGGGUGCCCGGCUCGUCCAUGAUCUGGAGUAA